AUGCAGAGCGCGACCAUGAGCACGGCGAUGGGCACUGGCUUCCUUGGGAGCAAGGGACUGCGAGGCGGGCGGGCCUCCAUUUCUGGAGCACCCCUGCAAUCCCGACAAGCCUUCCGUCCCGCGGUGGUGGGCAUCGAUCUGGGCACCACCAACUCCGCGGUGGCAGCCAUGGAGGGAGGCAAGCCCACGAUCAUCACCAAUGCCGAGGGUGGCCGGACCACGCCCUCCGUGGUGGCCUUCACCAAGGCCGGCGACCGGCUGGUCGGGCAGAUCGCCAAGCGCCAGGCGGUGGUGAACCCCGAGAACACCUUCUUCUCCGUCAAGCGCUUCAUCGGGCGCAAGAUGGCAGAGGUUGGGGAGGAGUGCAAGCAGGUGCCAUACCGUGUGGUCUCCGACGGCUCCUCCAACGUGAAGAUCGCAUCCCCCAACGCGAAGAAAGAGUUUGCGCCCGAGGAGAUCAGCGCCAUCGUCCUGCGCAAGCUGGCGGACGACGCGUCGGCCUUCCUGGGCGGCGCCGUUUCCCAGGCGGUGAUCACCGUCCCCGCCUACUUCAACGACUCCCAGCGCCAGGCGACCAAGGACGCGGGCCGCAUCGGCGGCCUGGAAGUGCUGCGCAUCAUCAACGAGCCCACCGCCGCCUCCCUGGCCUACGGCCUGGACCGCAAGUCCAACGAGACCAUCCUGGUGUUCGACCUGGGCGGCGGCACCUUUGACGUCUCGGUGCUGGAGGUGGGCGACGGCGUGUUCGAGGUGCUGAGCACCUCGGGCGACACCCACCUGGGCGGCGACGACUUCGACCGCCGCAUCGUGGACUGGCUGGCCGACGACUUCAAGGCGCAAGAGGGCAUCGACCUGCGCAAGGACCGCCAGGCGCUGCAGCGCCUGACCGAGGCGGCGGAGAAGGCCAAGAUCGAGCUGAGCGCGACGAGCACGACCAGCGUGAGCCUGCCCUUCAUCACCGCCACCGCCGAUGGGCCCAAGCACAUCGACGCCAGCCUGUCGCGCUCCAAGUUUGAGCAGCUGGCCAGCGACCUGCUGGAGCGGUGCCGCCUGCCGCUGGAGGCCGCGCUGCGCGACGCCAAGCUGUCCUACUCCGACCUGGACGAGGUGAUUCUGGUGGGCGGGUCCACCCGCAUCCCGGCGGUGGUGGGCCUGGUGGAGCGGCUGGCCCAGAAGAAGCCCAACGUGACGGUGAACCCCGACGAGGUGGUGGCCCUGGGCGCGGCCGUCCAGGGCGGCGUGCUGGCGGGGGAGGUGUCCGACAUCGUGCUGCUGGACGUGACCCCGCUGUCCCUGGGCCUGGAGACGCUGGGCGGGGUGGCCACCAAGGUGAUCCCGCGCAACACCACGCUGCCCACCUCCAAGACGGAGACCUUCUCCACCGCCGCCGACAGCCAGUCCAGCGUGGAGAUCAAUGUGCUGCAGGGCGAGCGCGAGUUCGCGCGCGACAACAAGUCGCUGGGCAACUUCCGGCUGGACGGCAUCCCGCCCGCGCCGCGCGGCGUGCCCCAGAUCGAGGUGCGCUUCGACAUCGACGCCAACGGCAUCCUGUCCGUCACCGCCUCCGACAAGGGCACGGGCAAGAGCCAGGACAUCAAGAUCACGGGGGCCAGCACGCUGCCGGGGGAGGAGGUGGACCGCAUGGUCAAGGACGCGGAGAAGUUCGCGGAGGAGGACCGCAAGCGCCGCGAGCUGGUGGACCUGAAGAACCAGGCCGACAGCAUCGUGUACCAGACCGAGAAGCAGCUGGCUGAGUUCGGGGACAAGGCGCCCGCCGACGUCAAGGCCAAGCUGGAGGAGCGGGUGGAGGCGGUGAAGAAGGCCGCGCCGGGAGAGGACGCGGCGGCCAUCAAGGCUGCCAUCGAGGACCUGCAGAAGGAGGCCAUGGCCCUGGGCCAGGCCGUGUACGGCGGCGGCGCGGGCGGCGCGCCCGGGGCGGGGCCCGAGGCGGGCGCGCAGGGCGGCGCCGCGCCCGGCGCGGGGGGUGCCGGAGCGGGCGGCGACGACGUCAUCGACGCCGAGUUCACCGAGGGGGGGGACAACAAGGCCUGA